AUGUCACUCUCUAAACUUGAAUCAUUUCCGAAUGAAAUAUUAACUGAUAUUAUUGAGAAAUAUAUUCAUGGUGUGGAUCUACUAAGAGCUUUUAGCUUUCAGCUUAAUCGACGAUUUGAUUCACUCAUUAUUCAAUCUCAACGACUUCGUUUUGAUUUUAUUCAAUGUCAUAAAGAUGAUUUUCGUUUGUGUAUGAGUCUUUUACCAGCUUAUAUCGAUAAAAUAGAAGAAUUAGCCAUAUCAGAACAAGAUACACCUGGUCAAGUUUAUGCUUUUCUAUCUUUUUUUCCAUUGUUUACAUUAUUUAAACGACUUCGAAAGCUUUAUUUUCAUUUUAAUGGUGAAGCUAUUAGUUGGAGCAUUCUUGAAAAUGCUCUUAAUUCACUAUUACAAACGACGAUCGAAACUCUAUCAAUCAAAGCAAGUAUAAAAGAAAAUGAAUUCUCACUAGGAAAUACUAUUGUUCAUAUUUUUGGCUUCAAAUCGUUAAAAAGAUUUUCUCUCUCGAGCGAUUUCUAUGUUAUGAACUGA